AAUCAGAGAAUGGCGCCCAAGAGGCGCGCAGCCCGGCGGACUACAUUUCCCAGAAGCUUCGUGGGCUUCGCGUUGUUGUUCUGCUCUCAGUCCUGUGGAGCUCUCCCGCCGGGGCUGCGAGGAAGGCUGUAGGUUUGCGAGGCCGCCUGGCUGAGCGGAGCGAGGGAAAUGGUCCCCGCUCCGCCACUCGCCGGUUGAGGACGGGCCGCCCUGGCAGAGUGGCAGGCCAGCCGCGUCGCUGGGCGCCGGCCAGAAGGGGUGUACUGCCGUCCCGUCUUGCUGCUGAAUGUCGCUUCCAGAGGAUGAGGAGAGGCUUUUGCCGCUUGCCCAGAGAUGGCCCCGAGCGAGCAAGUUCCUCCUGUCGGGCUGGGCGGCUACCGUGGCCGAGCUAGCAACCUUUCCCCUCGAUCUCACAAAAACUCGGCUCCAAAUGCAAGGAGAAGCUGCCCUUGCUCGGUUGGGAGACAGUGCAAGAGAAUCUGCUCCCUAUAGAGGCAUGGUGCGCACAGCCCUAGGGAUUGUUCAAGAAGAAGGCUUUCUAAAGCUUUGGCAAGGAGUGACACCUGCCAUUUACAGACACAUAGUGUACUCCGGAGGCCGCAUGGUCACUUACGAACAUCUUCGUGAAGUUGUAUUUGGCAAAAGUGAAGAUAAGCAUUAUCCCCUUUGGAAAUCAGUGAUUGGAGGUAUGAUGGCUGGUGUUGUUGGCCAAUUUUUAGCCAACCCAACUGAUCUAGUGAAGGUUCAGAUGCAAAUGGAAGGAAAAAGGAAACUUGAAGGAAAACCUUUGCGAUUUCGUGGUGUGCAUCAUGCAUUUGCAAAAAUCUUAUCUGAAGGAGGAAUACGUGGGCUUUGGGCAGGCUGGGUACCCAAUAUACAAAGAGCCGCGCUGGUGAAUAUGGGAGAUUUAACUACUUAUGAUACAGUGAAACACUAUUUGGUACUGAACACUCCACUUGAGGACAAUAUCAUGACUCAUGGUUUAUCAAGUUUAUGUUCUGGACUGGUAGCUUCUAUUCUGGGAACACCCGCUGAUGUCAUCAAAAGCCGAAUAAUGAAUCAACCACGAGAUAAACAAGGAAGGGGACUUUUGUAUAAAUCAUCAACUGACUGUUUGAUUCAGGCUGUUCAAGGAGAAGGAUUCAUGAGUCUAUAUAAAGGCUUUUUACCAUCUUGGCUGAGAAUGAAAGGUGAGAGAUUUCUUCAGAUUGACCUGUAUGCCACCUGUUCCCCCAACCUCAGCCAGUGGGCAUUUCUGGAGGGAUGGAUAGAGUUGUGGGUAGAGGCUGUAACUGCCAAUGUAGGAAAGCUCAAAAAGCUUAGACCCAAGAAACAUCUUGGAGUUAACCAGAGUUUGUUAUAGACAUAGAUGAUGUUGAACAAAAAAAGUUUACACAUGCCCUGUGGUUGCACUACUGUAUAAUCACUGCCAUUUAAAAGGGGAGUUAUACUUUAGAAUAUAUUUUAAUGUGAUGUACUAAUAUGCAGUGGCUUGUUGUUUUUCUAUGGAAUUUUCAGAAUGUGGAGUUCAACCAAAAUCUGUUGGUGGUCUACUUUUCCAUUCCAUCUGUCAAUCUGUAUGAAUUGAGUUGUUAAAUAUAUUUAAAAUAAUAUUAUGUAUUUAAAUCCCCACAUGUUCUGCAUUGGGACCACUUUUGGGAACUCUUUGGGUUUUCAUGUUUUAUAACCUUUCAAAUUAAGUAAAGAUUGGAUCAAAAUAUACCAGCUGGACCACAAAAAAAUUUAUUUAGCUUUAUUCUUCAAGGGGCAUGGGGUGAAAACACUGCUUUUAAUUACUGAGACUGUUCCUUGAUAUCUGGAUUCAACAUGAAUAAUUGGAAUUUUUUAACCUGAAGUGACUCCUUGGGAUCAUCUGGUUUAACCCUCUCAUUUUACAUGUUAUGAAACAGAGGCCCAGAGAGGUAGAGCUGCUUAUGCUCAUAGGUUACUUCAUAACAGAGCCUGGAUAAAAAUAUAGACUUCCUAACUAUUAUUAUUAUUAGUGGGACUUAUUAUAUAUGAAUUAGGUACAUAGUCAAUACUUUAUGUUUUCUUCACAACAACCCAGUCCAGUGCUCUUGAAUCUUCCAAAACCAGAUUUUUCUCUAUAGCAUUUUUCUGUCUUACACAUUUUAAAUAAAU